CGAAAAACAAAAACAAAAAGAAGAAUCUCAGUGCAAUUAUUGUAAUCCUUAUUCCUUAACAGAGAAGUAGCACGGAUUUGAGAGGGGAGGGGGAAUCAACUUCAAGCUAGCCCCUCUUCCUCUUCCUCGUCUUCUGCCCUAUGAUUCCCAUUCUCCUUUCCCUAACGUUUGAUGCGACGAUUGCAUGCCCGUAAUCGGGUCAAUUCCAAACCCAACAACGACAACACCAUGGAUCCCCUCAAGCUCACUGGAUCGACCAACCUUUUUUCCAAAACCUCCAAGAACAACUCCAAAUUCCGAAUAAUUGCGUUGAUCGCCGCCGCGAUCGCUUUAUUCUCAUGUUACUACUAUCCAUUACAUGUCAAAAUCUCUUACCAUUCCAAAAAGUACGGUAUUAUCAUUGAUGGAGGUAGCACCGGUACCCGGAUUCACGUGUUCGGGUACCGAAUGGAGAAAGGGAAGGCGGUAUUCGACUUCGAUUUGGGGACCAUGAAGGUGAAUCCGGGUUUAUCGGCUUACGCGGAGGAUCCGGAUGGUGCCGGGGCUUCUUUGAAAGAGAUUGUGGAGUUUGGGAAGGGGAAGGUUCCUGGGGAGCUUUGGGAGGAGACAGAGAUAAGGCUGAUGGCCACAGCUGGGCUGCGAUUGUUGGAGAGUACCGUGCAAGAUAGGAUUUUGGAGUCUAGUAGACGGGUACUUAGGGCGUCCGGAUUCAAGUUCAGGGACGAUUGGGCAACUGUGAUCACCGGCUCUGACGAGGGUAUGUAUGCUUGGGUGAUUGCAAACUACGCAAUGGGUACUCUUGGAGGUGAUCCUCUUCAAACAACUGGAAUUAUUGAACUUGGUGGGGCUUCUGCACAGGUAACUUUUGUGUCAAGUGAACCAAUUCCCUCUGAGUUCUUACGCACUGUUAAGUUUGGGAAUUACGCUUACAAUGUCUACAGCCAUAGCCUUCUUCAUUUUGGUCAGAAUGUUGCAUUUGAAUCAUUGAGGGAAUCACUUGUUUUGAGAGAUUUUGAUUCAGCUGUUGAACCUUCAAGGACUGGAGAAAUAUCACUUGAUCCUUGUACUCCAAAAGGGUACUCUCAUAAUGUGGAAUCAUUGAUAUUCUCUCCAAAUUCUUUGGCUGGAAGGAAGACAUUGCCUUCUCUACAAUCUAGUGGUAAUUUCACGGAGUGUAGAUCUGCUGCGUUAAUGUUAUUACAGAAAGAUAAAGAAAAAUGCUCCUACCAGCAGUGCCACAUAGGAUCAACUUUCAUACCCAAGCUUAGGGGAAAGUUUUUGGCCACUGAAAAUUUCUUCUAUACAUCAAAGUUUUUUGGGUUAGGCUCAGGUACAUGUAUUUCUGAUUUAUUGAUGGCUGGACAACAAUUCUGUGGAGAGGAUUGGUCAAAAUUGAAGAAGAAACAUCAUUCACUGAAUGAGGAAGAUUUGGUGCGCUAUUGUUUCUCAUCAGCUUAUACUGUUGCCAUGCUUCAUGACAGCCUUGGAAUUGCUUUGGAUGAUGAACGUGUUGGUUUUGCUAAUCAGGUGGGGAAUAUCCCGCUUGAUUGGGCAUUGGGAGCUUUCAUUUUGCAGACCACAGCUGUCUUGGACGUAGAGCAGCCGGAUUGGAUUACAACCAUUACAAUGGAGGAAACCCCAAUUGAAGACGGUCUAUGAUCUAGAGAAAGGGCGCUAUAUAGUUACUCGCAUGAAUAGAUGUUGAUAGCAUCGUUUGGAUGGUGUCAUCCUUAAAUUCACAUGUGAGGAGGCUGGAAAUCAUCGAAUAUUUAUACGUUGUUCAUCAUCGGAUUGUUGGCUCAUGUCACCCUCACAACUCACAUUGUGUUUGUGAGAAAUCUGAGAUUGUAUAUUAUCCAAGUUUCAAUCUGAUUGUAGUGUAUAACCUUUUGGGAAGCUGAAUUUGAAGACUAGCUUCCCUUUUAUUUUUUGUAUUUAGCAAAGACUUGGAACUUCAGUUUGAUACCAUACACUCUCUCUGUUGUGAUUAUCCCAUUACUUUUUCAGGGACU